GGAACAAUUAAACUGUAUAAAACUGUAAUAUAAAAGUGUAGUGAAAUUAUGAAAAACAUAAACUGCCCUUUAUGUUUUUAUUUAUAAAAUGUGAUAAAGUUAGUGUUUCCCAAGUGACUGUCUGCUUACACAAAUAUUAAUAACAAAAGAUAAGCUUAACUAUACAAUAUAGUUCCAUGUAAUGUUAAAUUUGGGCCUUUUUUUUUUUUUUUUGCAAGGCUUGACUCUGAAAUGUAGCCCCGAACUAUUACAGACCUUCCGCCAUGAUUUGAUGAUUUGAAACAGACAAUUUUCAACAUCUUUUUUAACGUCUCUAAAGGUUUUAGUCCAGUUCUGGAGUGAUUUUUAAUUAAGAUUUAAAGUUUCCCCCCAGGACUUUGUCUGAAACUGUUGGAUCGUUUCCAGUGACUGAUGUGGAUUUCUGUCUUUAUGGGUAAUUGUUUUGUCAUUAAAUGGUUGACCACGCAGUUCACAGUAUAUGGCUGAAUGUUGCUGAUAAAUGUAAUGUUGUCGUUCAGAUUCAUAAACACAUUAGAAGUCAUUCAUCAGUCAAACGUCAUUUUUCUUGAUUGCACUGCGAGAAAGUAAAGCGUCUUAGAGAGAAAAAAAAAGUAAAUGAUCAUUUAAAUGUGUAAAACAAACUCUGAUUGACAGAUGGUGUAAAGACACGUCACUUCUGACCAAGUUGGUAAGAAAUGGUUUUAAUAAUUCUGUAAAAGCUGCCGUACUUCACUGGUUUACUCUGUGUGUGUCGUAUCUCAGUAAAACCUGUUCACAAUCUCUACAUUUAAAGUCAGAAUUUCUCCGCAGGUAAGAUGACGGCAUCACACACACACACACACACACACACUCUGACAGAAACAGCUGCUCACCUGAGACUGUGGCAGUUGUAAAGUUAUAUUGCGACACUUACACUGCGUACAUUCAUACCAGGUCUGCGGAGAGCACGGCCCGAACGCCACGCCCACUGUGACAUCACUGACGUUGGCGGGUUAGGAAUGCACCUCUGAGUCACGUGUACAAAGGACUGACGCAGGACGCCAGGAGGAAGUUCAAGUGGAGCCCCCAGAGGAGGGACACGGGAUGACACAAAGGACACCUGAUACGGACAAGUAACUGGAGUCAUCAGAGCUGAAGGACUCUCACUGCAGACCUGCUGUUCUCCCGAAUCACCACCGGAGGCAGAUUUACUCUGUUGAAGCCUCGUCAUGAGUGACCUUCAAAUAUUACUGUACAAGUGUCUUCCUCCAGAGCUGCAGCCAGAUCCACAUCACACACAGAGACAAACAACAUCAAUGGUUUUGGACUGGAGGACAUGAAACCUCACACUUGGACCCAUGGUCUUCUUUAUAGGGGGAGAUCUGGUCACCCACCGUCAGUCCGGUCAGAACAGAUCCGUUUGUAGCAGCAAAAGUCCUCAUGGCUGUUUGGCUUUCUUCAACAUCUCUGUGCCUUCUUUUCCUGAUGGUGAGUUUUAUUUAUUUAAUUUGUAUAUUAAAUGUAUUGUCUGAUGAAAUCCAGAUUUCAGAGUUUAUGUUUGUAUCUGCUGCUGAGGAAAGCCCUCCUGCUUUGUUGUCGUGUCAGAAACACUUGCUGCCUUAACCGUGUGGUGCUGGGCUUUAAUCCAUGUUUCCUUCUUUCUUCUGCAUCGUUACAAAACAGCUGAACACUUUUCCCUCUCAAACAUAGACAAAGAUUUUCAUUUCAAUUUUCAAUUUUCAUUUUAUAUCAGUUCCAGCUUGUUAUUUUUUUUAUGUUUUUUUUUUCUAAUUUCCCAUGUUGUCUCCAGACCAAAGAAGCCCAGAUUUGUGAACGUACAGUACACACUGACACAGUGACUGACACAGUGACUGACACAGCGACUGACACAGUGACUGACACAGUAGAUGGAACAUGUUUUUGUGGAUACAUUUCCAACUGAAUCCCCUUUUUUCUUACCAAAGCCUCCUUCCUCUGGUUUACAGGGUGUGAACGGCUGGCACGACCUGGACAACACCGAGUACGACUGUUGGCCGAGCAUCAACCCCAACGACUACAACAUGAUCAGCUGCGGAGGUCUGGAAAUGGCCUGGGUGCAACGUCCUCCGGAGAAAAUCACCAACGGUGAGGAGUUCAACGUCACCUACACAGUCACAGCCUCAGAUUCCUUUUAUGAGUACGCUGUCAGGAACAAGAUCUUCCAGUUCAGUGAUGCGUCGGAUGCAAAGAGGUUCUGUCACGAGCACGAGUGUCCCGCUAACUGGAACAGUGCCAAUGAGAUGAACUGCUGUGUGUACCACGCCAACAUCCACUCCUGCCCUCUGGGCCUCAUGAAACACGGUGGAAUCUGUGGCCCGUGGAUUCCUGAUGACGGUAAAAUCGUGACUCACACUGUGUCCAAAGCAGGAAAGAUGUCGCAGAAAUACUGGACCUCAAAGGUGGUGUUGAUCCACGUCGGCGUCACCUCAGUCAUCGCUCAUAUCAAAGUGGGACAGAUGCACGCAGCGCUGGAGUCCAAAGUGCUGGUUGUCAGUGCACAAGUGUGUGGGGACGAGGUCUGUGAGCUGGAGGAGAACUGUCUCAACUGUCCUGCAGACUGUGGAGUCUGUCCCAUGUCCUUCGCCAUCAAAGUAGCCAUCGGUCUUCCUGUGGCCCUCUUCUGCAGCGGCUUCAUCCUGACCAUAGUGUGGUUUCAGUAUCAGAAACAGAAGAUGUUUUGGGAUGAAAGUUGGAUCAUCAACUACAAGAACAUCAUAUUUGGGAAAGUGUGCUGGAUGGGACUGGGCAGCACGCUCAGCCUGCAGCACGUCAAGAGUAACUCCACCAUCAGUCGGAUCACUGAUGUGACUGUCUGCACUGGAGUCAGCAACUCCUUCAAACAAGGCUUCAUUCAGUCUGGCAUAUAUGAUGGGAGAACAGUUGCGGUGAAACACAUCCAGAAGAAACAUUUCACUUUGUCCAAAACCAUCAGGAAGGAGGUCAAAGAAGUCAGGGAACUGGACCACCCCAAUCUGUGCAAGUUCAUCGGCGGCUGCAUCGAGGUGCCGUACGUUUGCAUCAUCACGGAGUACUGUCCCAAAGGAAGUCUGUCGGACGUCCUGCUCAACGACGACAUCCCCAUCAACUGGGGCUUCAGACUCUCUUUUGCCACCGACGUCGCCCGUGGAAUGUCCUACCUCCACCAGCACAAGAUUUUUCAUGGUCGUCUCCACUCCAGAAACUGUGUCAUUGAUGACCGCUGGGUCUGCAAAAUCUCAGAUUACGGACUGACCGGCUACAGAAGGGAGGAUUUUGAAGCUGUCGGCACUGGCUUCAACCAUGGAGAGAUAAACCGUAUUUACUGUGCUCCAGAGGUGCUGCUGGGAAAUAGCCCCAUCUUGACACCAACUGCAGAUAUUUACAGUUACUCUAUGAUUCUGGUGGAGAUCGCCACUCGUUCUGACCUGAUUUCAGAACAGUGUGAGGGAUUGAGGAUGGAUGUCAUGUGGCGCCCCCCUCUGCCUGAACUGAAGUCCGGGAAAGCAGAUACGGACUGUCCCAGUCAAGCCCUGUACAGUGAGGUACUGUGGCUGCAGCUGCACCGACAUGUUUGUUCAGGCGUCAUGAAGAAGAACAUCUUCACCAGAGGAAACAUGGAGAAGUACAGCAAACAUCUGGAGGCCAUAGUAGCAGAGAGGACUCAGGACCUUCUCCAGGAGAAACAGAAAACAGACCGACUGUUGUACAGCAUGUUACCAAAGCCGGUGGCUGAUGACCUUCGUCAAGGUCGAACAACAGAAGCUCAGAGCUUUGCCAGUGCCACAGUGUAUUUCAGUGACAUUGUUGGAUUCACUCAGCUGUCCGGGGCCAGCACUCCUCAUCAGGUGGUGAACUUCCUGAAUCAGCUCUACACCACCUUCGAUGACAUCAUCGACAACUACGACGUCUAUAAAGUGGAGACAAUCGGUGAUGCGUACAUGGUGGUCUCUGGGGUCCCUCAGGAAAAUGGCAUCAACCACGCAGGAGAGAUAGCCAGCAUGGCCGUGGAUCUGGUCAACGUCUGCCAUAACUUCAAGAUCCCCCACAAGCCGAACACGCAGUUAAAGAUCCGCGCAGGGAUCCACUCAGGACCAGUCGUAGCCGGUGUCGUUGGCACAAAAAUGCCACGCUACUGCCUCUUUGGGGACACUGUCAACACAGCGUCAAGGAUGGAAUCAACCAGUGAAGCUCUGAAGAUCCAGGUGAGUGGAGCCACAGCCGACCUGCUCCACUCACUCAAAGGUUAUGUUUUGACCUGCAGGGGAACUCUUAACGUCAAGGGCAAGGGUGACAUGACAACAUGGUGGCUUGAAGCAAAGAGAGAUGACACAGCAGACCCGCUGCUGAAAACCUCUGAAGAAAUCCCAGUACCAGUUUACAGUUGUUUCCUGCACCACCGCCAUCGUUUUACUCACCCGUCGUGGUCUAAAGCUGCUCAGAUCCUGCUCCGUGUCCCUCAGCAGCAUCUUCAGGUUGUUGCUUGUCACGUGGAGCUUCUCCUGGGCCAGAGCGUGGAGCAACUCUUACUGGAUCUGCCUGGCAUCCUGCAAAUAUAACAAAUUCAAGUUAAUGUCAAAACCAAUGUGAAGAAAGUUUUUGCUGACUGAACGAUACUUUUGGUUCAUUUUAGCGCUUUUUCGAUCAAAUAAUGUCUGGCUAACAAUUGGGUAUUUCUGUUAACUGUCCCCAAACUGUGCAGCGAGCUUAGAAGUUUUAUCACCACAAUAUUUGGCAAAAUGUAGUUGUUUUUGCUCCUUUUUUCCCCUCCAGUAUAUUUUGGACUGUUUCUUUGGCAAAACUCAAUUUACUUUUUACAGUAAAUAUAUUGAAUUUAUAUGUAAAUAAAACUAAGACUCA